ACUGACACGUAGGCCCAUCGGUCGGCCUAUACUCUUUCUAUUUUCUUUCUUCCCUUCAUGCUCCCGAGUCCCGAUCCAUCCGUAGAGGGCGGCGGCCGCAUCCUCUCCCCCCGCGGCCGAGCUCCACCCCCACCCACCCACACGCACACACUUUGCCGGCGGCGAGCACCACCAGGACAGCAGGUGUUCCCUCCUCUUGGUUUUCCCUUCAUGCGGUGCGACUGGGUCUAACCCUUCUGGAAUCAUCUCCGAUUCGGGGGGUUUUAGACGAUAUCUGGGCGGGAUACAAGGUUUUUGGAUGGAAUUCCGGGGAUCUCUGUCGACCCAUAUGUUUAGUGGUUGGGGAAUUGGGGAAAGCGGUAGAAAGGUGUGAUGUUUUAGUCCUUUUUGGUUGAAGCGGAGCUUGAGUCUUUGAGAAGCCAUUUGGGCGUAAUUCUUCUUUCGUUGAUUGGGGUCGGCCUUGUGUGCAGGUUACGCAGAUGUUUCUUUUUAGAGUUAUUGCAUCUCCUCAGUUGUAGUUUAUCUCGGUUGUGUAUCCACGAGUGCUGUGUACACCAAUUCCUGUAGAAAAGAUGGGUGAACAUGUUUUCAUUGUUCAAGAAUGUUGUUAUAUGUUUUUAAAUCAUGUAAGACAUGUUUUAGUUUUACCAUGGGGUCUCGAGAACAAUAUUGUUUAUUUCCUCAUUCUGUUUUGAAGCCGUCGGAAUUAUGCUUGUAAUCAUUGCUGAAGUUUUUGUGAACAUAUAUUUUUUUUCAAUCGAUUUUGCUCGAGCCAGUAUCUUUUAUUGCAACACCAUGAACUCCCAUGGUGCUGGUUCGCAUUCACGGCUUUUGGACCUCAACUAUCCCCCUGCUGAAGGGGCUGGUGAGGGGGCUUCACGUUUCAGCAGUAUCCCUGUCUCUCAUAGAGAGGGUUCAAGCAGCAUGCCUGUACAACACAUCCAGGCUUCGAGUAGUACACCACCGGCUACUGGUGAGCCUCGCAUUGGUAUGCGUAGUUGCCCCAUCGAUGUGGAAGCCAUCGAUGAUGAUGCCGUUAUCUAUUCUUCAAGACCACUGCCUCGAGCAAGACAGCAGUUGACCACGACAGAAAGUAUUACUAUCAUAAUAGAUGAUGAUUCCGAAACAAACCUAGAAACAGCAGGCGAUGCUCUUGACGAGCAUGUGAACUUACUGCUAUCUCUGGGCAUAGAACGCUCGCAUGAGCCUACAAGUGCAACCAACACCUUCCCUGGAAUAAGCAUGGUGGACACACCAAAAGUAAACACCUUCAAGGUGCCUCCUGAACCUGUGAAGGAGGUUCCGAAGGAACCGAAGCUCAGCUGCCCGAUCUGUAUGAACGAGAUAACCGAAGCGGCGUCGACCGUAUGCGGUCACAUUUUCUGCCAGCCGUGCAUCAAGGCUGCCAUUAAGGCCCAGAAGAAGUGCCCUACCUGCCGGAGGAAGCUCACUCCAAGACAGCAACACCGGGUGUACCUCCCAUCGCCUUAGUAGCCCAGUGCAGAGUCAUUUUGCUACAAGUUCUGCCGUGCCGGGGGCUGUAUGUUGGAGGCAACUGGGGGGGGGGGGGGGGGGGAGCAUAGAGGUCCUGUUUGGUUCGUUCAUUUAGUGUCAUAAUCAGUUAACAGGGUAAUCUAUUACCAUUGCUUUAUGUUUGGUUAGACUAUACUGUAAACGAUUGCAGUGGGAUGCAAUACCAGCCAAUACAAAAUUAUUGCCGCUGCUUUUUGACUGUUA